AUGUCCAACUGUCUGGACAUCCAAAUGAAGCCCAGGCCAUUUGUUGAACUUAACAAAAGGACAAAAGUUUGCAUAGUGGUACAGGCUCAGAAGGGCUGGGGAGUGACUUACACUCCUACUCACAUCUGUGCCUCAAAAGGAUCAACAGUGGACAUGCACUGCACCUACAGAUACCCAUCCAAGAUAGAAGGCCAACGUACUGUAGUUGAAAAAACAUUCUGGUUUACUAAGCUGAGUAAAAGCGACCCUUUGGAUUUGGAAGAAGACUCAGAGUACGCAGGUCGUGUGCAGUAUCACUGUGAUGGCAAUGAAUGUACUCUGACACUAACAGACCUGAGACACAGUGACUCAGCUGAGUACAAGUUCAGGUUCAUAACAAACCAUUCGAAAGGAAAAUUUACUGGUGUACCUGGAGUCAUUUUGACUGUCACAGCUCUCCAGGUGCAGGUGACCAGAAUAACAGUCAAUCAGUCUCAUUCAGAGGCGGAGCUGAAAUGUCUCAGCAGCUGCAGUUCAAACGAUGAUAUUUCUUACGUCUGGUUCAAGAAUGGAGAGAAAAUAAUGGAGGAGGGAACUUCUGUUUAUUCAGGGCAGUUUAAUCCUGGUGACAACGUCUCCUGUGCUUUGAAAGGAUAUGAGGAUUCCCCCUCCCCUACAUUGUAUGCUCCAAUCGUUCCUUCAGUGUUGGUGACUCCGUCUGGUGACAUCAUGGAGGGCAGUUCAGUGAAUCUGACCUGUAGUGGUGAUGCUAACAUAUCAGUUAAUUACACCUGGUACAAGAAGAAUGUAAAUCAAGACCUUCAACCUCUCAGUAAAGAACCACAGCUUGUCGUAAACUCCAUCCAAUCCUCUGACUCUGGAGAGUAUUACUGUACCACUGAGAACCAGCUGGGGAAGAGUACAUCUGAAUACAUCUUUAUUGAUGUGAAAUAUGCUCCAAAGAUUCCCUCUGUGUCAGUGAGUCCCUCUGGUGAGAUAGUGGAGGGCACUUCAGUGACUCUGACCUGUAGCAGUGAUGCUAACCCAGCAGCUAAUUACACCUGGUACAAGGAGAACCAAACACUGUUUCACGGAUCAGAAGGAAUAUACAAUUUCACGUCCAUUAGCUCUGAGGACAGAGCAAUGUACUUCUGCAAAUCUGAGAAUCAAUAUGGACAGAUCAACUCAUCGUCUUUCCUCAUAGAUGUGCUGUAUGCUCCAAAGAUUCUCUCUGUGUCAGUGAGUCCCUCUGGUGAGAUAGUGGAGGGCAGUUCAGUGAAUCUGACCUGUAGCAGUGAUGCUAACCCAGCAGCUAAUUACACCUGGUACAAGGAGAACCAAACACUGUUUCACGGAUCAGAAGGAAUAUAUAAUUUCAUGUCCAUUAGCUCUGAGGACAGAGCAAUAGCCUCUAAGAAACCUAAAACUGUAGAGACGAUGGACAACAGUGCACCGACACAACCAGCAGAGCAGCAGGACGACCUUAACUAUGCCACUGUUCACUUCACCAAGAAAGAGGCGGAUCCUCUCUACUCCAAUAUCAGACCAGCUCAGCCUCAAAGACACAAGGAGGAGGAAGAGAUGAAUGGUGUCGUGUAUGCUACUGUCAAAAUAAACAGUGGCAGUGAAGCACCAAGAAAUGGAAGUCAGGAAACUGAGGAGGAUCCAGCUGCAUUGUAUAGCACAGUCAACAAAACGCCCAAAUAA